AUAUACUUAUAAAAAGUGCCGACAUCAGAAAUAUGCUCAGUUUGUCAUAAUUUUUACUCCCGUUUUCACUUCCAAGUAGCUCUACUUUUAAAGCAUGUAUGAUAUGUAUAUGGCGCUUCAGUGGGUGAGAACUAAUAUAGCAUCAUUCGGUGGCGACAAAGACCUCAUCACUUUGAGUGGCGAAAGUGCAGGAGCCAUAUCCGUCAGCUUGUUCUGUGUGUCACCGCUGACCAAGGGUAUGUUCAGCAGAGCCAUCAUGGAAAGUGCCUCGGCCAUCUUACUCACACCCACCGAACUGCAGAAUAACCUGAAUUUCAGUCAACAGAUAGCAAAGAUUGUCGGUUGUGCAUCUGACACCAAAACGAUUGAGAGCGAUCCGAAAUCUGUUGUUGGCUGCCUCAGAAAUCAAAAUGCCACUGAUCUUGCCAUUGCGCUCUGGUCUUUAGAUCCCACAGCCACUAUAUAUUACUGGCCUCAAUUCGGUGACGAUCUCUUUCCGACAAACACUUUAGAUGAUAUCCGUAAUGGCAACUUUCACAAUGUCCCCCUCUUCAUUGGCAACAACCGGGAUGAAGGGUCCUUCUUUAUCACCACAUCCGAUCCCAAAACAUUUGGAUUCUUUGGACAGAAAGACACCUAUGUCAACAAGACCUAUGCAGAUCAGGUGAUCCACAAAUUCUUCAGCACCUAUAACAAUAUUGAAGGAGUUUUUCAGUAUUAUUUCGCGGAUGUGCCAAAUAAUGAUUAUGGGGAAAUCAGGAGUCAACUCUACACUGCAGUUGGAGACACGACUCUUUUAUGUGCAACUGUCUACUUUGCCGAGAGAUACGCAGGAACAUAUGAUGAUACCUAUUUUUACUUUUUCCUCCAUAGACCUAGUAACAGUGUGUGGGCUCCAUGGAUGGGGACGACACACUUUGAUGAAGUACAAUUUGUAUUUGGAGAACCUAUUCGGAAGCCUGAACUUUACCAGCUUGAUGAAGUAACACUCAGCAGGAAUAUGAUUGAAAUUUGGACAAAUUUCGCUAAAUAUGGGUAUCCUACCUUUAACUGGCCGAAAUACUCCAACGACACUCAUGAUUUAAUUUACUUAGAUACAACGUUUAAAACAGGCAUUUAUGGCACUGGUCCUCAUCUUAACAACUGCAAUUUCUUACGAAGUCAUUUCGGAUUUUAAUUUUUUCAACAUCUUGCAAGUGAAUUGUUAUUCGACGCCACUUUCUCUAAUGUCGCAUAUAAUGUCAGUUAUUGUAUCAAAAAACUGAAAAAUCUUGCAGCUGUUUGUUGAAUAACUCAAUAAAGAAGUGUGACUUCA